AACAGAAACGAAACGAUCAAGAAACAGGAAUCGUGGUGGGCACAACAAACGGGUAUAAAUGGACAGGAGAGGCCAAAAGAAGGAAAUGGGAGGUGCUCCAAGACUCUCGAGGAACAAACCCGUCCCAAUUAUAGCCCCUCCCUCUUCUUCUUUCCUCGCCUGAAUCCGCCAUUCGUGAGGUUGUCGAAUCGCUCUUCUCAACCAACUCUCUCUCCCCCAUAACGGAGCUUUUCCAAAGCCUCCCUAAAAAGGGCAACCCCCCCGUCUCCUCCCUGGUCAUCAUCCUCAUCGGAAAGACACAUUACAAGCUCUUUCUUCGCUAGCUCUCGGAAUAGCCGCCCGCCAUGCCCGCCAUGCCCGCCGCGUCAGUCUCCUUCCCCGCCCUCGUGGCCCUCGCGUUGCUCCUCGCCUCUGCUUCGGCGGACGAUACCGGAGAUGUGAAGUUCGCGUAUGCAGGCCCUCAGGGUCCGAGCCACUGGGGGAGCUUGAGCCCGACGUUCGCGGCUUGCGCGCAGGGGCAGCGUCAGUCUCCUGUGAACCUAGUCAGGAACGCGACGGUGCUGAAUAAGAACCUCAAGCCCUUAACCAGGGAUUAUCGCCCUGCGAACGCGACCCUCGUUAACAAUGGCAUCAACAUCGGGGUGGUUUACGAGGAAGAAGUGGGGAAUCUGUCCGUGAAUGGCAAGAACUUCAGCUUAAAGCAAAUGCACUGGCACUCUCCCUCUGAGCACAGCAUCGAUGGAAUCCAGUUCCCAGCUGAACUCCAUCUAGUUCACAAGGCGAGCGACGACGAAUUCGCCGUGGUGGCGGUCCUCUUCGCACUCGGUGACCCCGAUCCCCUCAUCUCCAAGAUAAAGAACAAAUUGGACGAGCUGGCCGAGGACGAUUGCAGCGACGACGAGGAAUCUCACAUCCCUCUGGGUAUCUUCGACCCCAGGCAGAUCAGGAGGAACACCCGCAAGUACUAUCGGUACGCCGGGUCUCUCACGACUCCGCCAUGCUCCGAGAAUGUCGUCUGGAACGUCCUUGGCAAGGUGAGGUCGAUAUCGAAGGAGCAGGUGGAAGCUCUCAAGGCCCCGCUGCCCACCGACGACAAAACCAACUGCAGGCCGCUUCAGCCGCUCAACGGCCGUCGCAUCGAGCUCUACGACGAGCUCAGCAACGAGUGAUCUGGUCAUCUUUCGCAUCGCCCAACCUGUUCGAGUUUAAUCAUUUUGAAAAAAUAGCGAGACGGAGAGACCGAGAGACAGAGAGACGUGGUCGAUUGAGCUGUAUCUGUCAUGUACCGACGUUGUUUGUAGUCCAACUCGCUCGUAAUCUAAAUCCUUUUUUCGUGCA